AUGCCACCUCUGCUUAAAAGGGACCUCAGGCUUGGGGAGGGUGUCAACCUGCUGCGUUGGGCAGUUGUGAAAAGAAUUGGCGAUGGCGGAUUUGCGGAGUUCGCCGUCAAGAUCGACAAGUCGGACAAACGCAAGGACCCUAGAAGCGGCACUGUGAAGGCAGAGAUUAAGGUGCUCAGACAGCUUCAGAGCUGUCCACCAGUCUGCCGCUUGGCGUCAGAGGGUGAGGGCACACAUGAGGGGCGCUUCUACAUGAUCAUGGAGCUCCUAGGUGCCAAUCUGGCGCAGUUUCAGCACAGCAGACCACAUGGCCGCAUCCAGCCAUACAUGGUCAAGAGCAUAGCCUUGGAGACGCUGGCAGCGCUGGAGGCUGUGCAUGGGGCAGGGUACAUCCACCGGGACGUCAAGCCGGCCAACUUUGCGCAGUCCCACAAGCAGGGGGCGAAGUCUGCGGGCGGCGAGUGGCGCAUCAUCGACUUUGGCAUCGCCCGCCGCUUUGUGGAUGACGCGGGGCAGCCGCUGCCGAAGCGGGAGGACUUUGGCGAGUUCCGGGGGUCCACCACCUACGCAUCCAUCCACGCCCACCUCAAGCAGGACCUGGGGCGGAGGGAUGACCUGUGGUCUUGGCUGUACAUUGUCGUGGAGAUGCAUGAAGGCAACCUGCCCUGGCGGGCGGCCAGUGGCGAUGCCUCCGCCGGAAGCGAGCACUCCCCCAAGGAGACCGCCAUGCGCAUGAAGCAGCACGCCCUCGACGACCCCCAUGUCCUCUCCGCCUCUGGCAAACUCCCCGAUGCGCUGGUCGCCAUCUCCUCCUACCUGCGCUCCACCUGCUUCGCGGACGAGCCGGACUACGAGCUGCUGCGCGAAUGCAUUGCCAGCCUGCCCUGCACGCCCGCCCCUGCGCCGCGCGCACCGGCGGCCCUCCCCAACGGCCACGCCACCCCUCCGCCGCCCCUGCCGCAGGACACCCCCGGCCAUGCAUGGCCCCACACCGCGCCCGUCUCUGCGGCCCCACCGCCGAUGUAUGCCAAUGGGACGGCCCACACCACGGCGCACGCCAUGCCGGCCGGCUAUGCGCAAAUGGCCUAUGCGCAGAUGCCCUCCCAGGGCUACUACAACUGGCCCUACCAGCCGCUGCACAGCGGCCACGGCCACCCGAUGCCGCUGAGCCACAUGCAGGCUUAUGCCGCCGCCGCCCCGCAGCAGCAGUCUCACGCGCCGCCCAUCACGCUGGCUGCGCCGCAGCUGCCGCGGCAGCUGGCACCAGCGAACGGCCGCGUUUCACAGCAGCAAGCUGCGCCGGUGCCGGCUAGCGCGCCUGCCGCUGGUGGCGCCUCUGCCGCGAGCUCUCAGACGGCAGAGUUCGACGCGGACGGCCAGCUCGGGCAGAUUGGCAGCGCAUUCGAUGAUGACGAGGACUUUGGGCAGGCGGCCCGGCCGCACAGCCACAGCAGGGCAGCCAAGCGGCCGCUGACAGCAGAUCAGGACCCGCCGGAUGACUUGCAUGCCAGCAAACGAGUGCGGUUCAGCCCCGCGGUGGGUGUGAGGCUGCUGGGGGGGGCCACGCCGACACUGGUGGAGCCUUCAGAAUACAGAACAGCCACAAAGGACGUCCACGGCAAUGGGCAUCUGGACGCAGCUCAGAGGCUUGCUCAGGUUGUUCAGGGGAAGGAUCCCUUGGUGCGGAGGGCGCGGGGUGCGUCUGUGGGGGCCGUGGCGGACAUGGAGAGAAGGGCGGCAGUAGUUGCGAGGGGCGCGCUGUCAGACAAGGGGAAGGAGGUCAAGGAGAAGCUGCGCAAGCUGGAGCCUGGCGAAGGCAUCUCCAUCCUGGCCUGGCUGCUGGACUCUCUCUCCAGAAACGUCGACCGCGAGGCCACGCCGCAGGUAGUGAAGUGGCUCGGCAGCCUGGCGGCUUUCAGUGAUGAGUGUGCGACCCGGUGUCAGACUACAAGGAAGAUUCAGCAAGCUUGAUAGUGAAGGGAUUGCUCAAGCAUUGUCGACAAUUACGCACGGACCGCCAACGAGCGUCUACCAAUAAACCGCCAACGGUGGAACACAUGCACAGAUUGUGAAGACGGCAAAGAAGCUCUUUCGUUGCCAGGUUGAUCACAUUGCUGAGCGCUGUAGAGCUUCAACUUUGAUUUUGUCUACCAUUCAUCCUCAAGAGUGUACAGGCGCAUUAUGUUCAACACAGGCCAAUAGCAUGCACAUAUAGGUGCUUGAUGGGUUUGACAUCCAAUAAUAUCUGUAUAUAGACCCAUAUCUGGGACAUACAGAUCACCAAAAGAAUCAACGUUCUGCCCACUGUCUAAAGGCUGAAGAAUAGGCGAGGGAACACGUUUGAGAAUGGUGUACUACCAGUCUAGCAUGGCUCUUUCCAAAACAACUUACAAAGACUUGGGGGCUGAACCCACUGUGUUAUAAGGACUGAUUGUCCAUUUAAAGACUCCACGGUUC